ACCAAAAUCUCCAACUUAGUUCAUUCUCUAACUUGCUUAGUAUCUACAGUUGUACGUGCCAUAUGUGGUCAUCAAUGUGGGAUGCUAGCAGUGUUUCAGCUCUCAGAGAAGCUCUCACCAUCUUCCUCAUCAUCAUGGCACCUGUUAGUUUCUGGUUCCUCUGGACUUGGAAUAAGCACCUGAGGAACCCGAAACAAGCUCCGUUGCCACCAGGCCCUCAUGGUGUUCCACUACUUGGUUACCUUCCGUUUUUAGGUACCAACCUUCACCACCAGUUCACAGACUUGUCAAGGGUUUAUGGCCCCAUUUAUAAGCUCCAACUCGGUACCAAACUAGGCAUUGUGGUUAGCUCACCAUCGCUUGUGAAAGAAGUGGUUCGUGACCAAGACACAAUAUUUGCCUACCGAGACCUUACUGUCGCAGCACGAAUUCUCUCAUAUGGAGGAUCCGAUAUAGUCUUUGGAACCUACGGUUCAGAUUGGAGGAGGAUGCGCAAGAUGCUCGUGAGCCAAAUGCUAAGCAAAACCAACCUUGACGGUUGCUAUGCUCUGAGAAAAGAAGAGGUUGUCAAGUCAAUUAGUCAUAUUUUUAUUGGGACCCCAAUCGAUUUGGGGAAGUUUGCAUUUUCGACAACAAUCAACAUAAUCAUGCGCAUGUUAUGGGGUGGGACUCUACAAGGAGAGGAGAGAUCUGAUGAUGUUGGAUCGGAGUUUAGAAAGGUGGUGGAAGAAAUGGUCGAGUUACUUGAGAAGCCAAACAUCUCGGACUUUUUCCCUGCGCUUUCUAGGUUUGAUCUACAGGGAAUUGGGAGUCGAGCAAAGAAGCUUCUGUCAGUUAUGGAAAACAUUUUUGAUUCGGCCAUUGAAGCGCAGAUGAAUAAGGCUCAAAAUGAGCGAGUGCCAGAAAAUGAGGAGAAGGGCUUUCUGCAGUUCCUCUUGGAGAAUAAUAAUGAUCAAGAUAGUGCAACAUCGCUUACACUGCAACAAAUGAAGGCCUUACUCAUGGACAUUGUGGUGGGAGGAACCGACACCACGGCAAUAACUGUAGAAUGGACAAUGUCUGAGCUUUUGCAGAAUCCAGAUGAAAUGAAAAAAGUCCAAGAAGAACUAACCGAAAUUGUGGGGAUGAACAACUUGGUUGAAGACUUUCAUUUACCGAAAUUGCGAUAUUUAGAUGCUGUCAUUAAGGAAACCUCCCGAUUGCACCCAGCCGCGACACUUCUACCACCGCGCUGUCCAGGCCAAUCCACCACUGUUGGUGGCUAUCACAUUCCCAAAGGUUCCAGGGUUUUUCUGAAUGUUUGGUCCAUUCAUAGAGACCCUAGCGUUUGGGACAAUCCCUUGGAAUUUAGACCAGGGAGGUUCCUAAACACCGACCCUAACAACAGCUUUGAUUACUUGGGCAAUAAGUUUCAGUAUCUUCCAUUUGGUUCUGGCAGAAGAAUAUGUGCUGGAAUUCCCUUGGCAGAGAGGAUGUUAAUCUGUGUUUUGGCUUCAUUGUUGCAUUCAUUCGAGUGGAGGUUGCCUGAGGAUACAAAGGUUGACCUUUCGGACAGAUUCGGGUUUGUGACUACGAAGCUGACUCCAUUGAUUGCUAUACCAACAGCCAGGUUAUCUGAAAUUGAAGCUCUAUGAUUAGUUAAACUCUCUUCACUUCACAGUAAACUUGCAGCAUGAAUUGAUUGUUCAGUUAUCGAAUAUUACACUUGGAUAAACAUUAUAAUAAAAAAUAUUGGGAAUGUAUGAAGUAACAUUCCGGGUGUGUCUGAUCACUUUCUUUAGAAAUUGUCAUUGUAAACAUUUAUACAAUGAAAAAUGUUGAGUGAGCUGCUCCAUUCAAGCAGCAAAUCUGGACUACUGCUCCAACAACAGACAGAGAUCACUUGUGUAGUUAAUACAGCCGUAUUACAUGACCCUUGUAUUUACCUUUCAUACAUAGCCCUACUAUUGUAUUUCCUAUCCACACUUAGCUAUAGGUGAAUCUGUACUACUAUAAAUAUCCUCCAAUUGGAGAAGAAUAUCAUCUGCGAAUUAUACCAUAAACCUAUUCUUGACAUGGUAUCAGAGCAAUUCUGCUCUUGAGACCGAUACCCAUACAUACCCCCCAGACCAUACCACAUUCCGCUGCCAAACAUACCCCCCCAGAUCAUACCAAACUCUAGUUGAAGAUCAAGCACGAGUUCAUACCCAUACCCAGAUCAUAUCCAAUUUUGAUUACCCAUACUCGUACCAAUCCUUUUUGCUCAAAGAUUGAGCAGAAGCUCUGCCAAAAAUACCCAGUACCUAUAACCGAAGAACUCUGUUUCUUCAACUUAUCCAAUACCCAAGUUUUUGCUCAAAAAUCGAGCACACUCAUACCCAUACCAAGAAGAGUUUUAUUCUUCAGUAACCAUACCUGAUAAGUUUGGAAUUUCAUUGUCUUAUUGAAAUUUCAGUUUUUUCUUUGAAGCAGGCAACCAUCAGAGCAAAGGCACGCCGUCGCCUCCAUCUGACCAGACGCACGCCGUCGCCUCAGACCGCGACACCGUCACUUGCCCAGAACUGGUUCCAUUGCUGGGACCCGAGCAACCGCACCUGCUUCGACCUCCAUCACUCUACCUCGGCGUCGCCUCAGACAGGCCGCCGUCAGCCUUCAGACCGCCGUGCCAUCAGCCUUCAGGCCGCCGCGCCGUCGAUCCCAAACUGCAGGCCCGAACCUCAGUGGUUCAAGUCGUUUUUAAGAG